AUGGACCACUUCUCGGACAAAUCAGAUGUUGAGGAAGGCCUCUUCUCUGAAAACUCUCAAACUGACUACCUUCAAGAGGUGGAGACUAAAAAAUGGAAUAUGUUGGAGCUGGAGGCUGAGCAUAACCAGGACCUGAAGAGUGAACAGGAUGAGGAAGAAACAGUUCAACAUGAGGAUCCUCAAGUGUCCACCUCUUUGGAGUUUUCAGAGGAGAACAUCACUGAACUGAGUCAGGAGAACAUGUUCUUCCAGCUAAACCACUGGAAUACACAGAUGGGUCUACAAGUGGAAGAACUCGGAGCUGAUCACAUAGGCUGGAUGGAGAAAAUUAACAAUAUUAUACAAAAAAUAAACAUAACAGAAACCACAGUGAAGAGCUUAUUAAAUGAGGUGGUAUCCUUGGAAGGCCAAAUCGAAAAGCUGGAGUCACACCAGGACCUUGACCCUGCUCAGGAAACAAACAUUGAGGAGAAGAUCACGGAAAUUAAAAAGCAAUUAGGAGAAAUGGAUAACAAAUUUGUCCAGGCAGAUGCUUGUAAUGAAGCUCAUGAAUUAAAGGAGAAACUUGUUGCAAGAAUAGAGAACUUUUGCAAGGACAUGUCUGUGCUGGAUUCAAAACUGGGGAUGUACCAAAAGCAAGCAGGGAACAGAGACUCUCAAAGUCCUGGAGAAGUGGAGCCCCUGCUUCUUCAGACUUCACCACCCCCCUUAGUGCAGAAUUCUCCUCCUCGUAUUACAAUGUGGAAACGUGCACUGAGGAUUUUCAUCAUGUUUUAUGUCCUCACCAUUACUGGUCUUUCAUGUUAUAUACUGUUUUUUGAUGCUACAUUUAUCUUUGAAAGAGUGCUCCCUACAAUGCUUGGGCGCCGUGGAAUGUGGGAACUACGGGAAAUUAUCACGCCUUUCUUGAAUUUAGAAGUGGAAGACUUGUUACCCUCCUAA